AUGUUCCACUUCCACAAAGGUGAAACUGCGGGAAGCAUCGAGUGGAAUCCAUUGGGGUUCCAGUUUAUCGAGGGUUGGAGUUUCCCUAAUGUAAAUGAGGUGACAUCUUGGAACUUUCGCCAUGGAUGCUUGGAAAACUCGCAACUCAAAGAAUGGCUGCAACAGGCGGGAGACUUCUCGGUCCCUGAUUACCCCCUUUCUGAAGAGCCGAAUGGGGGGAUUAGAUUACUGAUAUGCAACUACACUUUAUUCGAGCGCGCCUCGCUCGGGAUGUCCCACGAGGAGUACAGUUUAGUGGAAGCAAUGCUUGGGCUUCAUCCAGCGACCCUCUCGGCCCUUGAAGUAAGUGGUGGGAUGUUCUCGCGUUACUCCAGGCCUACAGGGCACCAGGGGGAUCAAAUAUCUAUUAUCCUCAAAGCCCCUCAGAAGUACGAGAUCGCCAAUUACAUGCUGUCUCUCACGCAUGAUACUACAUCACAAUGGACCACAGCUCUCCUCGCGGGCGAAGACAUCAUCGAUCUAUUUCCAUCAAUGGAUGACUAUCGUUCCAAACUGCCAUUCAGAUCUCAAGUCCCCGGCAGAACUAUCCGGACCAGUCUUGCGCAGUCUCCUGAGAUGUGGAACAAUCCUCUCACAUUGCCAUGCAUUCUUCUCACCGAUCAUUUGAAGCGAUUACAACAACAUUGCGCAGGGCCUCUGACCCAACAGGUCAUGGUGAUCGAAGAGCAUCUUGGCGUCACCACAGUGGGCCGGAGGAACCAGGUGCCACGUUUUCGAGCGCCAACAAAUAGAAGGCUUCAAUCCAGAAAUGCGGAUGUUUUGAACUUGGGAAUACCCGUUGAUAGAUCCCAGACGCAUUUUCUUACGGUUUCCAUCAACUCGAAGCUAACAAGUAUACUGUUUACGAGACGCUCUCCGAAGUGGAACUAUGAGGCGUCACAGUUUCUAUUAAACAUCAUAAAUGAAUCUCCUCGAGAAUGGUGCGGCCAGCAUUUGCGCUAUAACCAAAUAAGAGAAUUAAUCGAGCACAAUAUAUGCCUCGCCAAAUCCAUCGAGGACCAUGUGCUGUGCCUUCAGUCUCGGAUGGAGCUUCAGCUCGAUGUGUUGUACAGUUUCGUGGCCCAGUCGGAUAAUCGACUCAACGCACGCCUUGCCGCAUCGACCGGGAGGGACAGCACCUCCAUGAAGAUCUUAGCAUUUAUCACGACUAUAUUUCUUCCGGGAACAUUUAUCGCGACUCUGUUCUCCAUGGACAUGUUUGACUGGAAAAGCGCCCCUUCCGAUGGCAGCUCAGCAGUGUCAUCUCAAUUUUGGAUCUAUUGGGCAACAGCAGUCCCGCUCACAGCAGUGACUCUCGGAGGCUGGGCACUCUGGUGGAAUUUCGAGAAGCACAGAGAGAUAGACCAAUUAGUCUGCGAAUACUCAGCCUAUACUCGCCUUAAGGAACGAGGGCUAUGCGGACAAGGGAUACUCCCAGAUUUCUACGGUUCUAUCGAGAAGAUUGAUCCGGAUCAAUGCCGGCCGCACCUAAACGGCUUUCUGGAGGAUGAGCUUCGCCCAAGCGCUAUCCUGCUGGUAUAUGUUUCGAAUAUGCAGAAAAUAGAUAUCACAACGUAUACGGAAGACCGUGCGGCUACACUUAUUCAAACCCUUCGAAACAUUCAUGAAGCACGGGUUUACCACGGGGAUCCAUAUCCUCGGACCAUGAUGGUUCAGCCAGAGACAGGUCGUGUGCUCUGGAUAGAUUUCGAUCGCGCCCAGACCUUUCCGACUAGUCCUGUUACAGACCGGCAGCACGGCUGGAUGGAAGAUGAUACCAUCAUGACUGUCGACCUCUUGGAUCGUCUUGGACAAGACAUGAAAACAGGGAAGCUUGACCAGGAAUAUUCCUAUUACUACUUUGGGGCACCAUGA